AGCAGCAUCAUCAUCAAUGGUGUGUCUACAUCCCGGAGCAGUCACAUUUUCCUGUGUCCGCUCAAUGACCUAUCUCCUCAGCUCUCAUCACAGCUGCACAUGUAUGGCGUUUGCGAGGCUUGGAGGGGAGUUUUGCCAAGCCCAGCACCUGCUGCUUAUUGUGGACAAGUGAACAGGAGACUCCAGCUAGACGCCAACACUGCCAUUCACACAUCCAGGUCAUUACUGCCAUCCUGCUCAACCCAUAUGAAGACAAGCCAACCUUCAGUCUGUCACCUGUCCUGUGGAGUAGGAGAGGCUUUCCUUUCAGCCUCGGACUGUCCCCUCUGCUCCUGUCCUUUCUUGCUUCUCCUUUAUUCUUCUGCUCUGAUUCGCACCAGUCUUCUCUGAAUGGGAUAACAGAUUUGAAAGAAAAGGACAGCUUUUUCUGCUUUCUUUUUUCUUUCUAGACUUUGGGCCAGAUUAAAAUUUUUGUUUUUAGCCAAACCAAUUUUAGUUUUCCUUUCAUUACCAGACUUUUUUGCCACCAAAGGAAUAGAAUAACUACCUUCCUACUACAAAUUAUGCUUAUCUAUUAGUGACACUUUUAGUGAAAAUAUUCUGUGCUUUUUUUUUUUUUUGCAAUUAGAGGACUUGUAGCUCCCUUUGAAAGCCCUCUCUAGUACUCCAUUCUUUGAAGCACUGUACAUUUCUGAUCUGUUUGUCUUUAUUAACAAACCUCUGUGGGUCUAAAAAUGAACCGACCGGCUCCAGUGGAGAUCUCCUAUGACUGUCUGAGAUUCCUUAUAACGCACAACCCCACCAAUGCACAACUGGGAAGGUUUAUAGAGGAGCUGAAGGCAUAUGGAGUUAACACGUUGGUGAGAGUGUGUACUGCUACCUAUGACAAGACACCAGUGGAACAAGAAGGCAUACAGGUUCUGGACUGGCCAUUCCAUGAUGGCUCUGCUCCUCCAGACCAGGUUGUGGAUGAUUGGCUGAACCUGCUGCAGACAAAGUUUCGAGAUGAGCCCGGCUGCUGUGUGGCUGUGCACUGUGUUGCUGGGCUAGGACGAGCUCCUGUGUUGGUGGCCCUGGCUCUAAUUGAGUGCGGGAUGGAGUAUGAAGAUGCCGUGCAUUUCAUAAGACUGAAGCGCCGCGGAGCAUUCAACUCCAAGCAGCUGCAUUACCUCGAAAACUACAAACCCAAAUUGUGUCUGCGCUCCAAAGAUGCCAACGGACAGAGCUGCUGCAUACAGUAGGAAUCUCCAACCCCGCUCAUCUUCACUGCAACGUCAUGGGAGACUUUCUUCUUUUGAUGUUAAAUAGAACAUUGACAUGAUAAGAUGAACUGAUUUGAUUAGAUUAAAGUUCAUUAAAUCUCAAAAUACUUUAUGGCAUUUCACAAAUUCAAGUUCUAAAAAUCUUCUGGAAACAUAGAGUAGACAGACAACUUCUGAUUUAACAUCAGGAAUGAAUGUAAAAAGCCGAGUUUUUAUUUAUGCUCCUUAGUCUGUAACCUCACCUUUAAUAUGUAGCAAAAUACUUAUUCUACUAAAGGUCCAUGGUCAAAGAGAAUCAAUUUUAGCUGUCAGCAUCACAUUCAUAUCAAAUUCGUUUGGCUUUAAAAAUUAGGAAACAUCACAAUGGUCACCCUCGCAGUUCCAACGAAUGCUGGUGAUGUUAACAGGCUUGUUCUGAUUUAAAACUCUGACACUGUGAUCAGAUAAUAGAAAAAUCUGUUGAGUAGACAUGUAUAUUUGGCAGUUGAUUAAUUGUGAUAUUUGGGCUGCAGCUAGAUAUUUGUUCUAAGCUACAACACUAAAAACACUGAAUAAAUACUUGGCAGCA